AUGUUGAAAUCACUCAAUUCGGCAAUCUUCCCAGUGUCGUACACCGCAGAUUUUUAUAAAAAAGUUAUAAAAUCAGGAAUUAUGGCACGGCUGGCCGUCGAGAAUGGGGUCGCUAUUGGGGCGGUGUGUGCCCGAGUGGAGAUAGACAAACAACAUAGCGGAAGGCAAAUCGCAUAUGUGAUGACAUUGGGCUGCCUUGCGCCAUGGAGACGCAAAGGAAUUG